GAUUGUCUUCGCCAUCUUCAAUGUGUGAAACCCCGUUCCCACGUGAAUAAUAUCUACAGGCGGUUUCUAAGACACAAACGCUAGGUUGGCCAGAUGAUCGGUGCUGUCUUUCUUUGGGUAGCAGACUGGAAAGGCCGACAACUACCCAUCUUUCUCGGCUGCUUUGGUGUCUGUAUCGCGACUAUUCCGACAGCCAGUGGGCGGUUCUUGUUAUCAUUUUUUGCUAUCAUUGCUUGUACCGCUGCGCCGCUAUACAUUAUCGACCUUGCGCCGCCCCAGUACCGCGCGACGGUUGCGGGCAUGUAUAACACAUUCUCCUACGUGGACUCCAUAAUUGCCACAUCCUCCGUUUAUGGAAAUCAUAAACACCUCGCGCACCUGGGGAACAGCGAUUGGCGCGUGCCUUUAUGGAUUCAAAUGCUUUGCCCUAGAGUUCAACUAAUCAGGUUGAUGGGGAAAGAACGCGACGAUAAGGCAAGGGCCAUAUUGGCCAAAUACCACGCAAACGGUGAUUUUAACCACCCAUUGGUUAAACUUGAAAUGGAUGAAAUGGCCGAGUCUUUGAGCAAGGAAGACAUGUUGACCUGGCGAAACUUUUUUGAUAUCCGAGUACUAUUCAAAUCCCGUUCUCGUCGGUAUAGGAUGAUGCUCAAUGUCUCAUUUUCGUGGUUUGGGCCAUUCUCCGGUAGCGACGUCGCAUCGUACUACCUUCCCUACCUCCUUGAGAACGUUAGAGUGACCGAUACCGACGCCAAGCUCCUCCUCAAUAUCGUCUACGCCAUUACGGGAUGGAUCCCCGCAAUGGUUGGGGCACGCUGCCACGAUAUAAUUGGACGUUGCAAAAUGUUCCUUGGCUGUACAGCGGGCAUGGCAGUUUGCCUUGCGAUUGUUGCGGGGACGCACACUGGAAGAGCUGGACGAAGUCUUUGA